ACGAAAUCUGGAAUCACACUGGUAAAGAUUGUCACAACAGUUUGCAGCUGGCCCAUGCUGGAAACCAUUCACCGGCCGUCCAAUAUACGAUUCAAUACGUAAAGAACUGUACACCCAUCGUAUUGGAUCAAACAAACAGCAUCCCGUUUCAUUGGAAAUCUAUCAACCGCGUUACGGAUCUCUUCUUCCCCUUUCUAAAAUCUCUUUUGUCCUCGUGUACACCCACGUGCUGUGUGUGGGUGUAUUCACGAGGACGCAAGGAGAAUGUAAGGGAGCCUGGUGGAUUCAACUUUUCAGCGGAGCACUUGUGGAUGCCUGGCCGAAUAUCUCAGGCUUUAAAGGUAGGAAAAAUCUCUGAAAUAUUUCUCUAUUCUUCCAUUUUGACUAUUUUUUAUUUGGUGACGUUGAUUGUAAAUUUUUACAUGGUAAGGAAUACGAUUAUUCCUCAGCUCUGUUUUCUCUUGGCGUUUCUUGUUGACUCAGACAGGGUUCAUUAAAAAUCUCAUUUGUAGAACGACUGCAGAUCAGGUCCGCUUUUGUACCUCACAACUUGUCUGUGGGUAAACAAUCGAAUUUUGAAAUAUUUUAACUUUAAACACUUCAAACAAAGUGCAACGAGAACAUUUCAUGACUAAGAGGGACCUGCCGUCACACCGGAUUUUGAAAUGCAAAUGAUGAAAUGCAAAAUGAAAUGCAAAAUGAAAUGCAAAAUGCUUUAAAUCUUCAGUUUAGUGAAAGGAUAGAUUAUUCCCCGUUGUAUCCAAUCCCUACAGAAUACCUACGAUGGUAUUAUACAAUAUUACAGGUUACAGCGACCAUUCCAAUCAAAAGUAAUGUUUCUUUAACGCGGGAUUUCAUAGGCCUACUAUAACUUUACCGUCUUUACGAUAUGAAAUUUAUAUCGUCAUGGUUAUUAAGCUGCUCACUUAUAAAUCCCCGACUGAUUUUACUUCAUCGUUCAAUAAGAUAUCAUAAACUCUUCGUGAAAUUAUCUUAUACCGUCUUAAACCUCUGUUUUUCCAACUUACCAAACAUUGACAAGCCAAGUUUUUCGUUACAUCUCCACUCAAAAGCCAUUAGCAUUACUUCUUAACUAAAACUGUGAUGUUACUAGAGUUCUUCGUUAAACUGUAUGAUAUUGCUCAAAUUAGAUGAUAGUGGACACAUUCAAUUACGGAACAUUUAUGAAAUGUAGUGGGCUACGCAUCUCGGCUUAUUGCGUUUACUAGGAAAUUGCGCGAUCCGUGUUCUUGGUACAAUUUCAUUAGAUUUGGCGUCUGAGGUGACUAUAUGUGUCUGAUAUAGGAUUUUAUUUGAACCAGCAAAGAUUAUAGUUUCAUUUUGUUAAUUGACUAAGCUGGACUUGUUAUGAUUUAUUGGUGGCCACUUUGUUUUAUUCACCUCGAAAAUGUGCUGAGCUGCAAAAGAGUUUUGCUAGUUAAACUUGUAAUCAAUGCUCUAAUAACCAUAUAUGUGAUUUUAAAUGAUUUGAUCAUUAUGUAUGAUUUUUUCGGAUGCUGCGGCCAUACUGCGGCGCAUGCGACGACACUCAUCCAUCCGCAUACCGUAUAGUCCCAUUCUGAAAUAUGUUGAAGUUGUGAAUGUAGAAAAUUUAGUCGCUGCUCAGACUUGGUUAACAGCAGAAUGGAAGACGUGACAUCCGCCGAAAAUGCGACACUGUCGCACUGGGAAAUCCUGAUGGAUUUCUCCUUAUUGUCGCCCAAGUUCUCUUUCUCUCAAAGAAUAUUCCAGUCGUCGCUCAUCAUUAUCGGAUUGUUGCUGAACGGUGUCGUUUUUCUGGUCGUCAGCCUGUCCCGGCAACUUCAUUACCCUCGCCACAUUUUCUGGGCGGCUAUUGCCUUCUUCGAAUGCAUAUUUCUGGUGCAGUGUCAACUGGAACUGAUGGUCGUCGUCAAUCAUGAUCGCUUGGCCUGCCAACCUUACGUCGUACUCGCCUCCGUCGACUAUUCCGUCCUGUUGAUCUACCACUCGAUGGCCACCCUGGAUCGCUACUUGGCCAUCGCCCGCUACGAGUGGUACAAGGAAAGCGUCACCAAUUGCGGAGUUCUUGUGUUGAUCGCGUUAGCUUCUUUCCUGACAUUUGUAAUUACUACCAUUCCGUUUUGGACGGGAUACUUGUCCGUUUACACUUGCAGCCUCCAUUUGGCUCAUUUGCAUUGGGUCUUGGCUUGGGAUUUGUUCCUGGGCAUCGUUUGCGUCAUCCUUCACUUGAAAAUCUUUGUCAAAUCAAAGAGCCUCAUUCAACACUAUAUGCCAAACUAUCGCCAGGAGUCCGUCACAGUCAAAUUUGUCAAUCACUCGUCUAAUCGACAGUCCAGCGCCAAUUAUGGACGAGGAGAAGAAACGUCAGCAGCAGCAGGAGCUGAGAGAGUCGUCAUCACAUUUCCUGAGAAUCCUCCCGUUACUUUUAAUGAAAACGCGAUUCGGCCAUGUUUCGGAGAUGCUCAAAUGACUUCGUACAUCGACCAGCUCGACGCCGAAUGUUUUCCUUGGAUGCCAAUGCGCUCGAAAGUCAAUCGACUCGAAGUCCGAGCCGCUCUCAACAUGUCCGUCAAUAUUUUGCCGUUUUGGCUGUGCACUUUUCCCGUUUCUUGUAACGUCAUGACCCUCUACUGGUGUGUCCGGCUCGAAUCCGACUGCGCGUACACGGCUAUCAAUAUCCACGGUCAUUUGUGGAACUUGUUCAUGCUCCACAGCAUCUAUAAUCCGAUCAUGUACAUGUCAACCAGCUCCGAAUUCCGUCGAGCGGUCAUUCACAUUCUAAGGAAAAUGAUGAAGGUAUUGCGCAUUGGGAUUCAAACAAAUGCGAAUUAAACCUGUAGGCUUACUUGUAGUAGUCCAUUUUUUUUUAAAUUUCUCCUGAGUCAUUGCUCAUGGCUAUAUUGAUUUGUGCAUUUUACAAGGUCCCAUCUGUAAAAUAAAAGAUCAGCAACAGACAAUGUUCAGUCUUUUCGUUUACCGGUUUCAUCAUUCUCCUGUGUAUAUUAUAUUCGUUUGCGUUCCAGGAAUAAUACAAAUAAUUCCGUUUCUUUCGCUGUA